CAAACGCCCAUUGCCAUCAACCCCAGCAGCAGCAGCAGUCAGCAGAGGCAUUGUUACUUGUUAGUUCCGAAAGCACACGUACGUCUCACAUUAGCUAGUUCCAGCCUUCGUCGUCCAGGACACGAGAGGAAACCGCAGCCAUGGCCAACAACCGCACCUACGAGGAGCAUACCCCCGCCGUCGAGUGGAGCCGCUCCGCCGCCGAGGCCGACGCCGUCAAGAUCUCGCUCCCAGGGUUCAAGAGGGAGGACCUCCGCGUGCUGGUGGACAACCACGGCCACCUGCGGACGCGCGGCGAGCGGCACCUCACCGGCAACAGGUGGAUCCGCUUCCAGAACGACUUCGAGCUUCCCGCCAACUGCAACGCCGACGGCAUCCGCGCCAAGUUCGAGAACGAGACGCUCACCAUCACGCUCCCCAAGAAGACCCCCUCGACGCCCAUGCAGCCGCCGCCAAGGAUGCCCACGGCGGCGCCGCCUCCGUUGCAGGGCCAGGGGCAGGGGCUUCCGCCGGCGGCCAGGCCUGCCGCGCCGACCCCGGCGCCGCUGGCUCCAGCUGCUCCUUCCGUGAAGCCGCCCGCCGAGUCCAGAGCGUCGAUGCCGAGGAAGACGUACGAUCCUGUGCCGGCGCCGGCGCCGGAAGUGGAACCGCCUGCAACCACAAAGCCCCAGCCGUCGCUGGGGGCUGUUCAGAGGCUGAAGGAGGAGGAGGAGGAGAGGAAGAGGGAGGAAGAGGGGAAGAUGGCCGAGGACAGGAAGGAGAUGGUGCAUGAGAAGGACACGCAGCAGGAGCAGCAGCCAAUGCUAGCAGAGACGAUGGCGUUGGCGAACCUGAAGCCCAGGCAGGCCUCCGCGAGGCAAGGCAUGCUGGUGAGCGUGGCGGUCGCGGUGGUUGUGCUGCUUGGGUUCACCGUCUACGUGUGGCACAGCCUGAGGAACGCCACGGGAGGCGCCGGCGGCGAGCACGGCCACGGACACCAGCUGUGGACCGGUAGCUACGGCGACGAGAUGUGAGCAAGCUAGCUCGAGGUGUGGCGUGAGUACACAGUACAUCUAAGUGGAAAGGAAGCAAUGCAAGUGUGCGUGUGUAUAUAUAGUUAUACACGCACACGUACAUACACAUAUACUACAUACAUGGGAGGCUCAGUACACGCACUACAUACUCUACUCGUGUUGAUCGUUUAUCAGCUGGCAAUGGCAUGACGGCUUAAUGAGCUUUU